AAUUUCUGUCUUGGGGCAGUGUUGGCGACUCUUGGGGCGGGUGUGCACGCGUCUCCGUGGCUCCUUACACACACACACGCCAGGAUCCUACCCUCCACAGCCCCGUACACAUCAACUCUUGUAGCUCCUGUGUGUGUGCUCGCUGAACCCGCUCGUUGAAGGCCGCCUGCAGUUUUGCAACUGCUCGAACAUUUGUGCUUGAAAACUUAUUUCGGACGUGUACCAUUGAAGUCUUGGAGUUAAAGAGAUAGCCAACACUUGGACUGUAGUUCAAAACUUGUGAAUUUGAAACUUUGCGUCGACUACACUGCUGCGCUACUUGUUCCUGAAGGAGCCAGCCGCGUACCUGGGCGUGGAGGUGCCGUCACCUGCAGGGCCAGUGACAGGCAGUCACGACCUGUCCGGACACACGCCUCCUCCAGGACCUUCGUCUGGCGUGUAGACUGACGGAGUGACAACCCCCAGUCAUGGACGAGGUCUUCGGGAACAGCAGCAGCGAGACAGUCAUGGAGGCUGACCUCUCCAGGGUACUUGCUAACAUUAACCAGGACAUAGCCGAUCUCCAAAUGCACAGGGACUUCCAACACCCACACAAGGCCACCAACCUCCAACAGCAAAAGCUCCUUCACCAACAGCAGACAAUCAUUCACCAACAGCAGCAGCAGACAAUCAUCCACCAACAGCAGCAACAGAGCACAACUACCAAUAUGGCGCACAUUGUCAACAGAGCUGGAACAAAAAUUUACGUUACCGUAGCACCUGUCACAUCGCCGCGACGAGAAGACCCAUCACACUUCGGUGACCCAGUGAAGCUAACGCCCAGGAAUGCUGUGGCACACGUCCCUGUCAUCACUAGUGUGGGGAAGCGAGUAGAGGAAGGACACGUGCAACAGAGGAGGUUCCUGCCGGGGGAUGGGAACGGGGCCCUUAGACACACCCAGUCGGCCGUGGUGACUCGGGUGUGCUUCAACCAAACACCGCGACCCAGAGCCCUCAGCACAGGUGCCUCUACACACCACCUGCAGGAGACCAGGUAUCGGAGUCACCACCAGCAGCCUUAUCAACAACAACAACAUCCUCAACAAUAUGAACACAGUUAUGUUAAUCUGCACUUACCUCAGCAGCAGGCACAGCCCGAACACCUGUUUGUUCGUCCAUUGUCAUCAUAUGACAACAUUCCAGGUUGCUCAACACAGUUACCUCAGCCGUGCACGCCCUUGCCUGUACAGUCUGCUCCACCAGUGUUACAGUCCACACUAGUUGUCCCUUCCUGUGUAGUGUCGUCGAUACCCCAAACAGCUGUGCCACAAUACAUGAAUGUUCCUCUUCCUCAGAAGGAACCUGCCAAGACUCAGGUAGGCGGAGGCAGCAGCAGUGCUCCGUCAACCCCCAGGGGUGGAGGCAGUGGGUCUCAGCGCCUUCACCACAGCUACAUUGAGCUGUGGUCUGGUGUCCAUGAAGAGCGGGACUCUCUCAGCGAUAGUGAGUGUGAGGAGCUGAAGCGUUCGUUCCAGGAGCCAAACGCUUCGUCACAUCGACCUUCUCAAGGUUAUGUUGAGAUGAGUUCUCCAUAUAUUAAGAGUCCCCAGGUGACUAGUCCCUUUAAUGGCUCAGUACUGGCUGAUUUAGCGACAAAGUUGGCCUCAUACGCUGGUCACCAGCCAAGAAACAUAUUUUGUCCCUUCUGUCCACGCUACUUUGGCUACGAGAAAAGCCUAGGAAGCCACAUACACAAGUUACAUAAAGAUGAGCUGAACUCAAUGGUUGAAAAUCGUUGUGGUGAUAUACAGCUUCAGUUUUGCCCCAUCUGUCAAGCACAGUUCUUUAACACAUCUGUUCUUCCAAAGCAUCUUAUUGAUUUCCACAGGGCGUCUGUUAUCGAGAUACUUGAGAAGAACAAUUGCAUUAUGUCUGACGCUGUAGGAAUUCAGUGUCCCUUCUGCAUUAAGAAGGUUCCUCAUGGCAAGACCGGGGAGCAAGUGCUUCUGUACCACAUGCAGCAGCUGCAUCUCUCGGACUAUGAAGACAUUAUUAAGGCUAAGUUUCGACCCUACAACGGGACCAGCCAGGAAUCUUUAAAAAGUAUAUCAUCUGGAGAUGUCUCUCAACUAGCACCCUUUCAGCCCAAGGUCACCUCUACACCUGGCUUGAGUAAUAAAUUAGGCACCAUGGCCCUCUCCACAGAUGCAAGGCGAAGCGUAGAGGCACUUAAUUUGGAUGCAACAUGGUCCUCGCACUGCAGGUCAUUCAGGUCUCCAAUGCCGCCGCCUCAGCCGCCACCUAAGGAUUACCAGCAGAUACAGCCACAGCAGGAAACUCGGCAAGAAGAAACACAAUCAGAUAAACAGUUACCAUCGUCCACAAGUAAAGGAAUAUUGCGCCACCAAAGUGGGCUGAGCAGAAAGCCAAGUGUCAAACGGGAAUUACGCUUCAGUGUACCUCCCGUUACCAGCGAAGAGGUGUUUGUUCCAGAAUCGCCAGAACAGUCAACUCUUGAACGUUUGACUGAUGAAAUGCAACAACAGCUACAGCAGCAGCAGAAUUUACACCAACAACCACAGCAACAGCAGCAAGAACACGAUAAUGGCUCUAAAAGAAUAAUUCCUAUUCGCGUUGAUAGUUUGUCUGCGGCAGAUUUCAUGGACCUGAACGAGAAGGCAGGUGGACAGCGCAAGAGACGGCGGCUUGGUCUUGGACUUCGCUCUAGGAAGUCCUUCAAAAAGAGAAACAAAGAGAAUAUUGGAGAGCGUGAAAUAAGCACUAUAGUAGCAAGCGCCAGUAAGAUAGUGGAUGGUGCCAAGAGAUGCAUCACAGAAGGCCAUCACGUUGCCAAGAGUGAUGUUGUACCCACUCCAGCCACAAGAACUUUCCGCCGACCCAAGCCCGUACCUGUUCCACGUGUUCCUGAGCUCCCGCCACCACCACCUUCCACAAUCCAGGCAACUGUGGGUGAAAAUGGCGGGAGUGUUGUUCAGCUCCAGGACCCUAUUACCUCCAUAGACAAGGAAGAGAAUGGCUCCGAUGCAUCACCUUUCACAAACCUGAAGCUAUACUCCCCAUUACGUAUGUUUCGCUGUAACACUUGCAGAGUGAAGUUUUGUGACAACGAGUCUCUGAGUGGACACAUCGGGACCAGGCAUAAAGGCUUGCUGUACCUCUUGCGACCGCAGUAUGGGUGUGGUGUGUGUUCUGCAAAGUUUUUUGAGAAUAAGUACCUGGUGAAGCACUGUCUGCAGCACCACACCUCUUUGCUAGAGAUCCGUAGUCCGCGCAAACACAAAAUCACUAUUUACAGAUUCACGCAAGACUAAAUAUCCUAAUGUGUGUAUUAUAUAAAAAUAAUUUGUAUAAAUUUAUUUGCUUAUUUUUAAAGUAUAGUAAUUGCAUUUAAUUACAUUUACAUAUGUAUUAUUACACAAUAUUUUACGUUAAAACCUCAUCUUAUAAUUCUGUCCUGUUUAUAUUAGUAGCACACUUUCCAUGACAUGGCAUACAUUUUGUUAUCUAAACAUAAAAGUGAGCUAAUAUUCUACAUUAUGGAAGCAUGGCUAGUUUUCCCUGGAUCAGCAAGCAUGAUGCCUGGUUUAUUGAAGGGUCUUUAGUGAAUCUAUGCCAAAUGCUCGGUGAUGCCGCAGUGUAAUUAAGUUAUUUUUUUUUUGUACAUAUUUAAAAUGGGAGUGUUGCCUUCGACUGGUGGACCUCCAAUGUGUGCCAUAUUAAAUAAUGUCUGCA